GAAAUAUGGUAUUUCGCGUACAGCUAUCAAGGCAAUGAAGUAAUAAUGCAGAGGUGACGAACUGGGAUAGCCGAUUAUAAUGCUCUAAAUUCAACUUGUAUUAUUUCUGCAGGAAAUUAUCAAAUAGUAUUAGCCACGUAGACGCACAGUUGUUAGACAAACAAGACAUUCUCGAGCUUAGGGUUACCAUACGCGACUGUUGCUGAGGGGAAAGUGGAAUAGAUCUCUCUAAUUACCUUCCCAGCGUAUACUUUGCUCGUAUAUGGUUAUUGAUUUUUCGUCCAAAGUGCAAGAGAACGUAAGUGAGUUGGCUAUAAAUGCUAUUCUUGAAUAGCUAGCUAAUGGAAGAUAGGACAUGUGAAGCACAAAGCAUCCAAAGGCAAACAGUCCCAGGUGUACGAAAUCGAAAAGCAUGCUUGGAAACGGAGUUAAAGGAAGAUUAUCUUCAAAGCAAACCCGUGAAAAAUACCGCAGAAAACCGAAACGAAAAACAUAGCUCGCAUUUUAAUGGAGCUUCACACAAGCACCCCAAACGAGGAGCCCACCACUUUUCCAAUCAUGAAAAACAGAUACCAAUUUAUCCUCUUACUCUGGUGGUCCUGCUCUCCUUGGCUACACGCUUUUACAAGAUCAUGGAACCACCGCAUAUAUGUUGGGAUGAGACUCACUUUGGGAAAAUGGGAAGCUAUUACAUCAAUCGCACUUUCUUUUUUGAUGUCCAUCCACCUCUUGGCAAGAUGCUGAUUGGCUUAGCUGGAUACCUGACAGGAUAUGAUGGGACUUUCCCAUUUAUCAAACCAGGGGAUAAAUAUGAGCACCACAAUUACUGGGGCAUGAGAGGGUUUUGUGCUGCUCUUGGCUCCUGUUUGCCUCCCUUCUCUUUCCUGGUGGUGCUGGAGCUGUCUCACUCAACUGCAGCCGCACUCAUAACUGCCUCCCUGCUCAUCUUUGACACUGGCUGCAUCACCCUGUCUCAGUACAUCCUACUUGAUCCCAUCCUAAUGUUCUUCAUUAUGAGUGCUGUGCUGAGCAUGGUCAAAUUCAACAGCCAGGCACACAGGCCUUUCAGUUGGUACUGGUGGCUCUGGUUGGCUCUAACUGGUGUCAGCCUCUCUGGAGCUCUGGGGGUUAAAUUUGUGGGGCUGUUUGUGAUCCUUUUGGUGGGACUGAACACUGCUUGGGAUCUCUGGAGACUGCUGGGUGACCUGCAUCUCUGUCUGGUGGAUUUUGGGAAACACCUGAUAGCUCGAAUAUUUGGGCUAAUCGCGCUACCUUUGUUCAUGUACACUACAAUAUUUGCUGUGCAUUUUGUCAUCCUUAACAGAAGCGGUCCAGGGGACGGCUUUUUCAGUUCUGCCUUCCAGUCCCGUUUGAUUGGAAACAACCUACACAAUGCCUCUAUGCCAGAAUAUCUGGCCUAUGGCUCCACUAUAACAGUGAAGAAUUUGCGUAUAGCUGGAGGUUACCUCCACUCACACUGGCACCUUUACCCAGAGGGGGUAGGAGCUCACCAGCAACAGGUUACAGCAUAUUUACAUAAAGACUACAACAAUCUGUGGUUAGUCAAGAGACAGGACAGUGCUGACGAGCCCUCAGGAACACCAGACCUCGUCCGUCACGGUGACAUCAUUCGACUGGAGCACAAAGAGACAACUCGCAAUCUUCACAGCCACCUUCACGAAGCACCACUGACCAAAAAGCACCUCCAGGUCACAGGUUAUGGCAUUAAUGGCACUGGUGACCCGAAUGACCUUUGGCGGAUUGAGGUGAGCGGGGGACGAAAGGGUGACCUGGUGAAGGUGUUACGCAGUAAGGUUCGCCUCCUGCAUCGCUCUACCGGGUGUGUGCUCUAUUCGUCUGGAAAAACCCUCCCAAAAUGGGGUUGGGAACAAGUAGAAGUGUCAUGUAGUCCAUAUUUGAAGGAAACUCCUAACUCCCAAUGGAACAUUGAAGAUCACAUCAACCCCAGACUGCCCAACAUCAGUCUUUCAGUGCUGAAACCUUCCUUCCUGGAGAUUCUGAUGGAAUCUCAUAUAGUUAUGAUUAGGGGCAACAGUGGUUUGAAGCCCAAAGACAAUGAAGUUAAUUCAAAACCUUGGCACUGGCCCAUCAACUAUCAGGGCUUAAGGUUUUCUGGCGUGAAUGAGACAGAGUACCGCGUGUACCUGCUGGGAAAUCCUGUUAUCUGGUGGCUUAACCUGGCUUGUUUGGGUGUGUUUGUUGUCAUGGUAACAAUUACCUCAGUGGCCGUGCAGAGAGGAGUCAAGCUAGAGGGCAAGAGAAAAGCCUGCUGUCACAUACUCAGGCAGGGAGGUGGGACGUUAUUCCUGGGUUGGUUGCUACACUACCUGCCAUUCUACACCAUGGGCCGGAUCCUGUACUACCAUCACUACUUUCCCGCUAUGCUUUUCAAUAGCAUGUUAACAGGCAUCACACUGGACACGUUACUGCAGAAUAUGGACUUACUGUUUAGCCCAGCUGUGGCCCAGGGUCUCUUAAGGGGAGGACAGGCCCUACUCCUGUUUGCUUUCUUUUACAGUUUUUACUUGUUCCACCCUCUCUCCUAUGGCAUGAGAGGACCCCUGGCCCAUGACCCUCUCAGCUCCAUGGCUGGACUCAGGUGGAUGGACUCCUGGGAAUUUUAGACAAUUUUAAAUAGUUUGAAACUUUCUGAAUCAGUCACCAAAUUGCUGCUGUAAGAUGGUAUGAGUGUGCUAUGACUGUCUCCUUGUGGUUGAGAUUAUGCGCAGUGGUAUUGUACAAGACCUUGUUCUUUUGUUUUUAUGGUAUCAGAAACAUUAAUAUCAUGUUACAACCAUACAGUUUUCAUAUUACAGUGUUUUUUUUAACAGAUUUACAGAAGAAUUUACUACUUUAGUGUACACACUACAAAAUGCACAUGCAAGUAUUUAACCUUAAAGUUACAGUGGUAAGUAAAACAAAGUUCUAAAGUGUAGCAAUAUGGACGUAUGAGAAGAUCUGUGUAUAUCUCUGUUUGUUUUCUCUCUUUUGUUGAGAAAUAUA